UGCAUAUACAUACAUAUUUUAUAUUAACUUAUAUAUACAUGUAUAUAUAUAUUACAUAUUGCCCAAUAGAGGCCUAAUUUCAUUGUAAAAGAAUACUCUGAAGUAUUUUUGAUACGUUGUUAAAAUGUCGAGGUUAAAAUGCUAAUUUAACUCCUGUUCAAAAACCGAAUAGAAAGCAAUUUUUUACCUUCCUUCUAUAUCAUUAUUCAAAACAAAUAAGCUUGCGCCCAUUUUCUUGGAGUUCGUAUAUAUCCUUUGAUAUAUUCCUUUACCCUACCGCCGCACGAGAAUAGAAAAAUUUGGUUGUCACUUCUGUAAAAUUUCAAUUCAGCUAAGAAAGAAUGUCUUUUAUGCUGAAAAAUAGACCAAUCAAUGAAGUAAAUAAUAAAGACAGAGAACAUUUUCUUUCUUUAAAAGUUACUGAAGAUUAUAGCUUUAAGUAUAUUCCUGAGAGUCAUUUUAAACGUAUAGUAAAAAAUGUACAGAGAUACAGACGCAAGGAGGAUGAAGAACGCGUAUGGGCCUCAUUCGUGAAAGAACGGGAGUUAAAUAGUUUGCAGUUUGAGAAAAAAGAUACCGACUAUUCUAUACAAAAUAUGAAAGAUCUGUUGCAAGGAAACAUGCAAAAUGUAGAUAGAGAACUUAAGAGACUUGAAGAGGAUGCUCUCCCUGAACGAAGUAAAGGAACUCAAAAUCCUAAAUCUAAUAUUAAGAAUGAAGUGAUUUAUACAAAAGUAAACAACAUUAGGAGAAAUCAUUCAAAGAAUAGAGAUACAUGCAAAACUAAUGUUCCAAUUUCUCAAGAUGAUAACAUUUCUAUACGUAGAGAAUCUGAAGGACAGAAAACAGUUUUUAAGUCCAAAGCUAAAAAAUCGCUGUCAGAUUCCUCUAUAACAGAGAAAAAAUAUACAAAUCAACUUUUUUGUGCGACCAAUCAUUUUGAAAAUAAUUCUGAUACAGACUCAAGUAAUAACAAAGAUGACAUCAUUCAUAUACAACCAGAUCCACUUACAGUACAGAAACUAUUAUCAAUGCAAACAAAAAUUGCUGAAUUAUUAGAUGAAAUUUCAUUUAGAUUAUGCAGAAUUCCUUUACCAGAUGGUGAAAAUGAUUUGAAAAAAAGACAGCAGCAAACACUGGAAUUUGCAAUAAGAUUUUCAAGAAAUUAUUUAUAUAAUCUUGGCAGACUCGUUACAAGUAUUCAAAGACAUAUCAGAGCUAUGUCCUCCAGAUUAGGAUUAAAACAAUGUCAUAAAAACAUUGUAUUUCAUCAAGAUAUGAUAAAACAAAAGCUGGUUGCUGCUCAUCAAUUACUGAUACAAGCCCUAAGUGCUUAUUGUAAACAUAUUCCUAAUUCUAUUUUUGAAGGUCAUUCUAGAAAACUUCAAGAUGUAUUACAAAUUGUCCAUAAUCUGAUAAAUAUUUGUGAUAAAGUUGAGAUUUCUAGUUAUUAUUUUUGUUCAGGAGAUGUUACAUCAUUGGGAAAGAAUCUUCAGGAUAAAUGUGAUGCUAUUUUAUCUAAAUUAAAGUUAAAUUUGGAAAACAAUUGUGAAUCCAUAAAUCAUAAGAAUAUACAGCCUGUAAUGACCGCUGCACUAACAUCUUUACCUAACAAAGGACGUUCCAAUCGAAAGAAUCUAUCUAAUCGAUUAAGCAUGUAUAGUAUGGAUGUUAAAGUGUCUAAGGGUAACCAGAAAAGAAGACAUGAUAUAAGAAGAAAAAACUAUACUUAUCGGAAGGAAGAUGGAAACGAUGCUAAAGAUAUUGGAAAUUCAUAUGCUCAGGAUUAUUCGGUACCUGACUUACUAUAUCCCAGUCCCAUAACGCGUACGACAUCUUCGAGGGACGUUUUUCAGAUCGAUUCCGUGAAAAAUAUAAAUAAUAUGAAGGAUGAUGACAUUCGAACUAUGAUGGAUGGAUUGACGAUGGAUUCUGAAAAUGACAGUAAUAUAGAAAUUCAAAGUAAAUGUAAAUCUGCCACGAAUAGCGAACGACAAUCUGUCGCAAUACGUAAAAAAACAUCUACAGAAAUGCGGAAGAUGAAAAAUAUAGAAAGCAACGGAGUAAAUGUUAAAAUAAAAAAUUUUACCAAUGAGGAGGAUGAUUUAAUUAAAAGAGUAACUGCAAUUCCUAAAGAGCAUUUAGCUAGUCUAGCUCCUGUAAUAAACGACUUAGUAACUCUUGUAUCAAAAAAGCAAAAUGAACGUGAGGUGCAACCUGUUUUGGAAACAUCGGUGGAGAUAUUACGAAAAUUUUUACAAAAAUAUCAAUCACCUAAAGAUUGUGAUACUAAAGCAUCUUUAACAAAAACUAAUUGUAAUGGCUUAUCUGAAAUUAAUAAACACGAUGAAAAUGUACAAUUAAUUUGUAUAUCUUCUAUGGAUAAAGUUCCUAAGAUGACACUGUGCGAUGCUUCGUGUCAAGUAGAUUGUGAGACUGCAUUAAAAACUAUUGAUGACGGAAAAAUCACGGACUCAAACGUCAAAAAUGAAGUGCAGCUUAUCGUUUCGGAAAAAACUGAGCUACAAUUUUUCACAUAUAGGUGCGAAUAUAAGAAAUUUUGUCAAUCGAGACCAAUGUAUUCCAGCAAUACGCAAAACAAACCGUGGGACAUUGUGGCAUGGAUAUCUGAUAAAUUGAUAGAGGAAUUAAUAAUUGAAAUAACAGAAGAGUUGCAAAUGAAUGAUAUAAUUACGAAGCUGUUUGAACUGGAAUUUCACGAAUUGUAACGACAUUUGUUUAUAUGUGGGAUUAACAUAGGAAACCAUAUUUAUAAACCAAAUAAUUUUUCAAGUCUUUUUAUUUAAAGUACAACUUUUUAAAUAAAUUAUUAAUUUGUAA